CUGCCACAGCAUCCUCGGACACAGACUUCUGCCUCUUCUGCAUCUAGCCUAACUGACUUCUGCCGAGAUGUCCUGCCAGCAGAACCAGAAGCAGUGCCAGCCUCCUCCCAAGUGCCCCUCUCCCAAGUGCCCCCAGAAGAGCCCAGCACAGUGUCUGCCCGCAGCCUCCUCCUGCUGUGCUGCAAGCUCUGGGGGAUGCAGUGUCCCCAGCUCUGAGGGAGGCUGCUGCCUGAGCCACCACAGGCGCAGGUCCCACAGAUGCAGGCGCAGGAGCUCCAGUUCCUGUGACCGAGGUAGUGGUCAGCAGUCUGGGGGCUCAGGCUGUGGUCACAGCUCCGGGGGCUGCUGCUGACCUGGAGCCUAAGGGUGACACAAGAGAUUACGGAGGAAACAAGAAUCCCAGGGGCUAAGGAAAGCUCAGCCUGUCUUGUCUUGUCCUUUCCUAGAGACCCAUCUCUGCUAGUAUG